UCGGAGGAACCAGAACCACAGGAUAAAAACCUGCUGCCAGGAGACCGUAAAGUCAUCUUAACUUCAGGUCAGUUUGUGCUUGAGUUUGUUCUGUUACCACCUGAGUUGUAGUUUGUUAUGUUGACCUCAGUUUGGGCCCAAUUUAUCAUUUUUGGAUUCUUUUUGUUAAUAAAUUAAGAUUAUAUUUUGAAUUUUCAUCAACGUCUCUCUGGCUGGUUCAUGCAAAACCUUCACACACAUAUUCCUGCCUCUCUGACUAAACCUGACUCUCAGCAGGAGGACUGGCAGCCCGUCUAAAGGAGGUCUGGACCCCAAAGGUUUCAGAACCGCUGCUUUAACUGAGCCCAUCUGUUCAGGACCAACACAUCACCACUUCAUAGGAAAUGUUCACUCCUUCAUUCACUACAUCUGACCUCACUCUGGAUGUUUCUACAGACCUGGAACAUGAUUCCAGUUUAGGUUUCAGACUCAGAUUUGAAAUGUUCUUAAUAAAGUCAGAAGUUCUCCAGAAGGUUCUUGGAUCAGCCAGCAGACAUCAGAAGGUCAUGAAGAAGUGAAGGAGAGAACAAUUCAGACCCAGAUGUUACCUGCUGGAUCAGGUAACAUCCAGCAGACUUACUGAGGUCCAGAAGAUGGAAGAUUUGGACCUAAAGGAGGACAGAGCAGAACCUCCAGGAUCCGUCUGUCCCUCUAUGAGGAGUGACUGGUCCAAAGGAGAUAUUCCAGACUUCAGUACUGAACCUGGCUCCUCAGACAGGAAAGACCAGAACCUCAGACUGAGAGCAGAACCUCCAGGAUCCAUCUGUCCCUCUAUGAGGAGUGACGGGUCCAGACUACAACCUCCAUACUUCAGUACUGAACCAGAACCAUCAGACCCAGAAGGGAGGAAGAGGAGCAGCGUUGGUGAGGAGGAGCAGCCGUCCUGCUGUGCUUUGUGUCAGAAGGUUCUGAUGGAUCCGGUCUCUACCAGCUGUGGUCACUGGUUCUGCAGACAGUGCAUCAGGUUCUACUGGGACCAGUCUGGACCCUCCUCCUGCCCCCAGUGUGGAGAAAGACCCAGAACAGGAGCUGGACUGCUGACAGCCAAUCAGAGCAGCUGUGCUCCAGUAGAUGUUGUUCUGCAGCAUGUUCUAAAGGAACAUAAGAUCAGCCUAAGGAGGAGAUGUGAAAGUGUGACUGAAGAAAGGGAUGUAACUGGAAGUAGAACCCUCCUCAACAGGAUCUACACUGAUCUCUACAUCACAGAGGGACAAAAUGAAGAGCUUAAUACCCAACAUGAGGUGAAGCAGCUGGAGAGAGCUGCCAAGAUCCAGAACUUCCAUGACUCUCCAAUCAAGUGCCAUGACAUUUUUAAAACCUUCCCUGAUCAACAUGGAGCCAUCAGAGUGGUUCUGACUAACGGCAUCGCUGGUGUUGGAAAAACCUUCUCAGUGCAGAAGUUCACUCUGGACUGGGCAGAGGGUUUGGAGAACCAAGAUGUCAGUGUGGUGGUUCUGCUUUCGUUCAGGGAGCUGAACUUGAUCAGAGAUGAGCAGCACAGUCUUCUCAUGCUGCUCCAUGUUUUCCAUCCAACACUCCAGAAGCUCCCAGCAGAGCAGCUGGCUGUCUGCAAACUUCUCUUUAUCUUUGAUGGCCUCGAUGAAAGCAGACUUUCACUGGACUUCAACAACAGUCAGCUGGUUUCUGACGUUACACAGAAGUCAUCAGUCAAUGUUCUGCUGACAAACCUCAUCAAGGGGAACCUGCUUCCCUCGGCUCUCAUCUGGAUGACUUCCAGACCUUCAGCGGCCAAUCAGAUCCCUCCUUCAUGUAUUUCCAGGGUAACAGAAGUACGAGGCUUCACUGACGCCCAGAAGGAGGAGUACUUCAGGAAGAGGUUCAGUGAUGAAGAGCUGUCCAGCAGAAUCAUCUCCCACAUCAAGACCUCCAGGAGCCUCCACAUCAUGUGUGGAAUCCCAGUCUUCUGCUGGAUCACUGCUACAGUUCUGGAGAACAUGUUGACCUCAGAGCAGAGAGGAGAGCUGCCCAAGACCAUGACUGACAUGUACUCACAUUUCCUGCUGGUCCAGACAAAGAGGAAGAAGAACAAGUACCAUGGAGGACAUGAGACAAGUCCACAGGAGCUGAUAGAGGCUGACAGAGAAGUUCUUCUGAAGCUGGGGAGGCUGGCGUUUGAACAUCUGGAGAAAGGAAACGUCAUGUUCUACCAAGAAGACCUGGAGCAGGGUGGUCUGGAUGUCACAGAGGCCUCAGUGUACUCAGGAGUUUGUACAGAGAUCUUCAAAAGAGAGAGUGUGAUCUUCCAGAAACCAGUCUACUGCUUUGUUCACCUGAGCAUUCAGGAGUUUCUUGCUGCAGUCUACAUGUUCCACUGUUUCACCUCCAGGAUCUCAGAGGUGAUGGAGAACUUCCUGGGAGAAGCAUACAGUGAAACAUCUCUGGACGGUAUUGUGAAAAAAGUCCUAGAGAAAUCCUUCUUCACUCAAAACGGCCACCUGGACCUGUUUGUUCGCUUCCUUCAUGGCCUCACUCUGGAGUCCAACCAGAGACUUUUAGGAGGCCUUCUGGGUCAGACAGAGAACAGUCCAGGAACCAUCCAGAGAAUCAUCAAGAAUCUGAAGGAGAUGAACACUGAUAGAAUCUCUCCUGACAGAAGCAUCAACAUCUUCCACUGCCUGGUGGAGAUGAACGACCUCUCAGUUUUUCAGGAGAUUCAACAAUUCUUGAAAUCAGGGAAUGAACUCUCAGAGAUCCAAUGUUCAGCUCUGGCCUUCAUGCUGCAGAUUUCAGAGGUUCUGGAUGAGUUGGACCUGGAGAAGUACAAUACAUCAGAAUCAGGACGACAGAGACUGGUUCCAGCUGUGAGGAACUGCAGAAAGGCUCGACUUGGUGGCUGUAAACUCAGACAGGCUGAAUGUGAAGUUGUGGCUUCAGCUCUGAAGUCCAACCAACAUCUGACUGAACUGGAAAUAAGUCAGAUCCACAUAGAUGGAACCAGAACAAACUCUGAACUGAAUCAUGUGUUUGAGAUCCUGGAGAGUUCAGUCAGUAAAGUAAAGAGUCUGAGAUUUAUCAGCUGCAGUGUGUCAAAGAUCAGCUGUUCUUCUCUGGUCUCAGCUCUGAAGUCCAACCCCUCCCAUCUGACUCAACUGGACCUGGGCUACAACAACAACCUGAAAGAUUCUGGAGUGAAGGAGCUCUGUGGUUUUCUACAAAAUCCUGAAUGCAGAAUACAACGAUUAAUGUUGGAGAAAUGCUGUCUGUCAGAGAUUAGCUGUUCUUCUCUGGCCUCCGCUCUGAAGUCCAACCCCUCCCAUCUGACUCAACUGGAUCUGAGUGACAAUGACUUGGAAGAUUCUGGAGUGAAGGAGCUCUGUGGUUUUCUACAGAAUCCUGAAUGCAGAAUACAACUAUUAAAAUUGAUGUACUGCAAGUUGUCAGAGACCAGCUGUUCUUCUCUGGUCUCAGCUCUGAAAUCCAACCCCUCCCAUCUGACUCAACUGGACCUGAGCAACAACAACCUGAAAGAUUCAGGAGUGAAGGAGCUCUGUGGUUUUCUACAGAAUCCUGAAUGCAGAAUACAACUAUUAAAAUUGAAUUACUGCACGUUGUCAGAGAUCAGCUGUUCUUCUCUGGUCUCAGCUCUGACCUUUAACCCCUCACAUCUGACUGAACUGGACCUGAGCUACAACAACGACCUGAAAGAUUCUGCAGUGAAGGAGCUCUGUGGUUUCCUACAGAAUCCAGACUGUAAACUACAACGAUUACAAUUGGAGUACUGCAGUUUGUCAGAGAUCAACUGUUCUUCUCUGGCCUCAGCUCUGACCUUGAACCCCUCACAUCUGACUCAACUGGACCUGAGCAACAACAACCUGACAGAUUCUGGAGUGAAGGAGCUCUGUGGUUUCCUACAGAAUCCAGAAUGUAAACUACAACAAUUACAAUUGGAGAGCUGCAGUUUGUCAGAGAUCAGCUGUUCUUCUCUGGCCUCAGCUCUGACCUUUAACCCCUCACAUCUGACUGAACUGUACCUGAGGUGGAACGGCCUGACAGAUUCUGGAGUGAAGGAGCUCUGUGGUUUCCUACAGAAUCCAGAAUGUAAACUGCAACGAUUACGAUUGGAUCACUGCAGUUUGUCAGAGAUCAGCUGUUCUUCUCUGGCCUCAGCUCUGACCUUUAACCCCUCACAUCUGACUGAACUGGACCUGAGCUGGAACGACCUGACAGAUUCUGGAGUGAAGGAGCUCUGUGGUUUCCUACAGAAUCCAGAAUGUAAUCUACAACGAUUACGAUUGGAUCACUGCAGUUUGUCAGAGAUCAGCUGUUCUUCUCUGGCCUCAGCUCUGACCUUUAACCCCUCACAUCUGACUGAACUGGACCUGAGCAACAACGACCUGACAGAUUCUGGAGUGAAGGAGCUCUGUGGUUUCCUACAGAAUCCAGAAUGUAAUCUACAACGAUUACGAUUGGAUCACUGCAGUUUGUCAGAGAUCAGCUGUUCUUCUCUGGCCUCAGCUCUGACCUUUAACCCCUCACAUCUGACUGAACUGGACCUGAGCUGGAACGACCUGACAGAUUCUGGAGUGAAGGAGCUCUGUGGUUUUCUACAGAAUCCAGAAUGUAAACUACAACGAUUACAAUUGGAUCACUGCAGUUUGUCAGAGAUCAGCUGUUCUUCUCUGGCCUCAGCUCUGACCUUUAACCCCUCACAUCUGACUGAACUGGACCUGAGCUGGAACGACCUGAAAGAUUCUGGAGUGAAGGAGCUCUGUGGUUUCCUACAGAAUCCAGAAUGUAAUCUACAACGAUUACGAUUGAGGUUCUGCACGAUGUCAGAGAUCAGCUGUUCUUCUCUGGUCUCAGCUCUGAAGUCCAAUCCCUCCCAUCUGACUGAACUGGACUUGAGAGGAAACAACCUGAAAGAUUCUGGAGUGAAGGAGCUCUGUGGUUUUCUACAGAAUCCUGAAUGCAGAAUACAACGAUUAAUAUUGAAGAACUGCAGCUUGUCAGCGAUCAGCUGUUCUUCUCUGGUCUCAGCUCUGAACUUUAACCCCUCACAUCUGACUGAACUGGACCUGAGCUGGAACAACUACCUAAAAGAUUUUGGAGUGAAGGAGCUCUGUGGUUUCCUACAUAAUCCUGAAUGCAGAAUACAACGAUUACAAUUAGAGGAAUGCAGUUUGUCAGAGAUCAGCUGUUCUUCUCUGGCCUCAGCUCUGACCUUUAACCCCUCACAUCUGACUGAACUGAACCUGAGCAGGAACGACCUGGAAGAUUUUGGAGUGAAGGAGCUCUGUGGUUUCCUACAGAAUACAGAAUGUAAACUACAACAAUUACAAUUGAGGAACUGCAGUUUGUCAGAGAUCAGCUGUUCUUCUCUGGCCUCAGCUCUGACCUUUAACCCCUCACAUCUGACUGAACUUGACCUGAGCGACAAUGACAUGAAAGAUUCUGGAGUGAAGGAGCUCUGUGGUUUCCUACAGAAUCCAGAAUGUAAACUAAAACGAUUACAAUUGGAGAGCUGCAGUUUGUCAGAGAUCAGCUGUUCUUCUCUGGCCUCAGCUCUGACCUUUAACCCCUCACAUCUGACUGAACUGGACCUGAGCAAUAACGACCUGAAAGAUUCUGGAGUGAAGGAGCUCUGUGGUUUCCUACAGAAUCCAGAAUGUAAACUACAACGAUUACAAUUGAGGUUCUGCAGUUUGUCAAAGAUCAGCUGUUCUUCUCUGGCCUCAGCUCUGACCUUUAACCCCUCACAUCUGACUGAACUGGACCUGAGAGAAAACAACCUGAAAGAUUCUGAUGUUCAGCAGCUGAAGCAUUUUGUAAAGGAUGUUCAGAUCUGAUCUCUGUAUUGAAUCGUUUCUGUUUCCUGCUGAUCCUCAGAAGCUGCAGCAGUUUGAGUCUAAAGAGACUCUGAUUGGAUCAUGAUGACCUUUGACCUGAAUGAUUUUCAUCCUGUUUUUAGUGUCUGAUAUUGUUUGUCUCUUUGUAUCAAUAAAGAUCAAAUUCAAACUCA